AGGCAUUGUUGGGAAGGGGGCGAAGAACAAAAGGAAGGGGAAAAUUUACCAAAUCUCCUUAUGUGCCCUACAAGGGGAAGAAAAGGAGUCAUCCCAGUGAGACGAUACUGAAGAAAUUUCAUACUUUUAUAAAAAAAGCCAAGAAUGAUGGCAGGGAUGUUCAGUGCUUCGAGGACAAGUAUUCUGAAAGUUCUGGAAUGGAAAAGAAAUUCUGGUCCAUGAUGUUGGACGUAGGUGGUUGGCUUGAGUCUCAGCACUUUGACGAGUAUCUUUCCUACCUGAGGAAACGUGUUCUUGAUGAAAGUCUCUCAGAUGUUGUUGUCACGACGGAAUUCUUUUCUUCCUUUAUUGAUACCAAUAUGGAUCCAAAGCAAGAGCUCUUUCCUGGAUUGCUGGAUGAUUUGAAUAAAAUGAUGGAGGGGACUUCGAGCACUUCUUAUAUCAAAUCUUGGACAGGCGUGAAGCGUCUCUAUUUUCCACACAACAUUGCUGAAACUCAUUGGAUGGCAGUGCGAGCAGAUUUCGAAAACAAUGAGCUUGUUGUGUUUGACUCUAUGCGAUGCUUCAGAAGUGAUGAUGAAAU